GUCCAACCAGAAAACGACGCGGCUUCUUCUUUACCUGGUUCGUUCCGAGUCCAGACUCUGGUGGGAUCAGCGAGGAGGGACUUCCGGACCGAACCUGCCGUCAACACCUGGAGUCAACACCUGGAGUCGACAGCGAGGAUGACCAGGAAAGAUGCAUCUAUGCAAACCGACUUUGAGGAGCUGAACGUGCACAAUGAGGACGACAUGGAUGAAGACGGGAAGGUCACCGAGGACGAGGAGCCCAAAGCGUGCGGCGUGUGUGGAGAUCUGGCCAAGGGUUACCACUUCAACGCUCUGACCUGUGAAGGCUGCAAAGGCUUCUUCAGACGUGCUAUAAAGAGGUCGUCUGAGCUCCAGUGUCCGUUCCUGAACAACUGCAUCAUCACGAAAAGCAACCGCCGGUCCUGUCAAGCCUGCCGCUUCCAGAAAUGCCAGGCCAUUGGCAUGCGCAAGGAAAUGGUCAUGUCUGAGGAGGAGGUUCUGCAGAGGAGAACCCGGAUCAGGAGGAGGAAGAUGCAUCAGGCCUCUGCACAGAUUUCCCCCCAGCAGGAGCAGCUCAUUCAGGAGCUGGUCCGCGGCCACCGCAACACCUUCGACUCGGGCUUCUCCCGCUUCACUGGCUUCAGGCCCAUGGACAGAGACCUCCUGGAGGAGCACGAGCACGAGUCUCACCUCGUGACCAGCUGCCCGUUUUUUGGUCAACCUGCGGCUGAGGAAUCCCAAAGCGAGCCUGCAGCACCGACCCACUCGUUGUCCUGCUCCUCCUCCGGCCUCUGUGAAUCCUCAGAAACUCUAGAAGAUCGCAAAAGGAAAGAACGAGGCUUCAUCUUCACGUUUCUCCCACACCUGGUGGACCUCUCGACGUACAUGAUCCAGGACGUCAUCCGUUUCUCCAAAAGCCUUCAGGAUUUCCGGACGGUCAUCAUCGAGGACCAGAUAUCGCUGCUGAAGGGGGCCGCCUUCGAAAUGAUGCAGAUCCGCUUCAACAUCGUGUUCGACACCGCCACCAACCAGUGGAAAUGCGGCAACAUCAUUUACUGCAUACACGACGCUUUUCGAGCGGGUUUCCAGCCGUUCCUGCUGGACCCUCUUUUUAAAUUUCACCACACGCUGCGCAAACUGGACCUGCAGGAGGAGGAGUACGCCCUCAUCCAGGCCCUGUCUCUGUUCUCUCCAGACCGCGCGGGCGUGCAGGAGCACCAGGUGAUCGACAAGAUCCACGAGAAGUUGGCUCUGGCUCUGAAAACCUGGAUCGACUGCAAACGGACAGACCCGGGAAAACGCCUGCUCUACCCGAAAAUCAUAGCCUGCCUAACGGAGCUGCGAUCGAUGACGGAGGAGUACAGCAAACAGAUCCUGCAGAUCCAGGACAUCCAGCCCGACACCAUCUCACCUCUCCUCAUGGAGGUGGUCAGUAAAAACCCCUGCAAUGACUUCUGACCUACGAAAACAAGCACUCUGAGCUGUUUAUUUAAGAAUACUCUCAUCUGAAUGAAUGUUAAAGGGGACCUAAUCUGAGGUGGGAUUUGUUUCUUUUUUUAUACAUAAUGUGCUGCUGUUCUUACAAUGUGAAGUUUUUGUUGAUGCUGUUACCUCCAGAUGUUUGGAAAGAACAUUUACUCUAGAAUGGAUCAAAUGAACUGAUGGAAUUGAAGGGCAUUCUGCUGCUUUUCUGGUUCAAGAAAAAUGUUGCAAAGAGGAACACUGCCCCCUUGUGGCCAUAUGGAAUAAUGGAGAAUUGUGAAGGAAAGAAAAAAAAUCAAAAGCCACCUCUCUGAAGAUCCUAAAAAAUGACUAUUUAAAUAUGGAAAUGUCUUAAUAGUUUGGAACUUUUCUAGUUUUUGAUUAUUUGUGCCAUUUUCUAGCUAAAAAUGUUGAAUCUCACAGGAUGAGAGGAGAGACAGGGUUUAAAAGAUAGAUGAAAAAAAAAUUUUUUUUGUCAUUAUUGCAAACAUUAGUAGUCAUUCUGGAUUACUGGGUUCUUGUGAAGCAGGCAAAAGGUUCCACAUGGAUGGAUCUUUGCUGCAGGCAGAAAUGACAGAUAUUACUUUGUAAAAACUAUACGAGCCAAAAAAAAAAAAAAAAGGACAAAUCUGUACAAGUUGCUUACCUUUAAAAGUUCCUUUAACACAAUGCUCAGACUUUUUACUGAAAACAUGAGGACAUUUCAGACAGAACAAGUACAUUCCAGGUAAUAUUUCUGAUUUUUUUUUUUUGCAGUCGUACUGUAAAGCGAAACGUUUCCAAACAAAUACAGGGUAUUUUUGAAGGUGUUGGACCAAAGGAUCUGAAUCAGAGCCGUGUCUCGACAUCUACAUGUAGUUAUUUUUUUCAGUGUUUUCAUAUUUUCAUGUUUCAGCUGCUAUCUUAUUAAAGGUUGUGCGGCUGCUCUGAGGACGUUCACCACAACAACCGUCACCUCAAGGACUUUACAGUUUACUCAGCUGAGAUUAGAGUCAAGUCUGCACCAGAUUCAGAUACAGACUUACAUUUUCAUCCAAAUGCAUCUUUUUGUAUUUUGCUGACAGUAUUUCGUGACAUUAAAAUCUGUUCUUAAACCAAA